GAGCUUCCUUCAUUUUUUCAUCUUCUCUAGCAGCACGCUGCUUGCGUUCUUCUCUCAUGGCUUCCACUGCUGGACUGGACCAAACCGACGACGCUUCAGCAUUAUCUUACUUCCAGAAAACAGUAUGUUUGCACGAUUGGUGGUUAGUUAAGUCCGAUAGAGAAUUCGAAGGGAAGCGACUAGCCGUUGCAGGCUCUACUGCCAGAGAGAAACAGGCAGUGCGACUGUUUUCCUCUGCGCCGAUAGUGAAAAGAUAUGAUUUUAGUACUAUGGAGACAGCUGAUGGAAUAUGCGUUGUUAUUAAAGGGUUCAUUAACAAGCCGCGCACUCAAGAGAACGGGUUUCCUUCCAUGGUUGGUAGUCAUUUUGUGUUGGGCUUUCCUACUGACUGGGAAGAAUAUGCUACAAAGUUCAUGGAAGGAGAUUCUACCAAUGGUAUUCAUUCAGGGACUAUUGCUGAUUCAGCCAUUGCAGGCACGGAAAAAUCUUGUCCAACUUCAGAACAAACUCCGAAUAAUCACGAGCAGGUCACUCACAGAGGCAGUCUGAAGAAUAGCCCAGGAUCUGGAUGUUCAAUGAAGCAUAAAAACAAAAUGUUGAGUCCCAAAACAAAGACAUUUGAAAACCCAGAUGGAGCAAAACUGAACAGUUCAUCGGGUGUCUCCAUUCAACCUGAGGGGAUAAUGGACAUAUCAGAUAAUGUUCCAGACCACUCCGUGGGCCAAAUAUUGGGAAGUUUGUCAGAGAAUGUAAGAGGCAAAGGGAAGGAUGAGAAAUGCACAGUCAGUGGGUUGAAAAGUGAAAGUAUUAAGAUGAAUUCUGUUCCGGUGGCCUCUGGUAACAUGAGCGAAAUCUUAAAAAAUCAUAAGUUUGAAUUUGAGGACAAUAGUAUCCCAAGUUCGUCUACUUAUGAAGGAAAAAGUGAUGAUGCUAAAGAAGGUGCUGACAGGAAGAAAACUAAGAGGAAUUUAAUCUUUGACCAAAAUGUAAGUUGUUCUCAGGAACUGAAAAAUGAAAAAUCUAUUGUUUCUCCAGAAUCCUUGAGUUAUGGACGAUCGAGAUCAGGGAGACUACUUCUACCCGCCAUGGAAUUCUGGCGCAAUCAAUUGCCGGUUUAUGAUGCGGAUCGUAAAAUCACUGGAAUUAUGACCGAGAAGGAUGUUAGAUCUGUGCCUCAGAAAGGGAAAAGGAAGUGUGGUUGACUUUAAGGGGCAGCUUUAGCGCUUGCUGUUGAAUUUAAUGGGACUUAAAAAGCAGGUUUUGAAAAUCACAUCUGAUGGAGCGAGAUGUAUAGGAGCGAGAUUCAAGCCAUGGACUUCCUUGGGUUUAUUUUGCAUUUUUUAAAUGCUAACCCUUAUUUGUUUUGUCAUGUGAUAGGGAUUUGAAACCGGAACUAGGAAUUGUAAUUUAACCAAAGCACCUAUUACAUGUUAACCCGUAAUUGUGAAUUUAUCUCCUAGCUGUCAUAUGUAUAAUAGUUCUAUUUUGCCAAUC